AGGCCAGGACCGAGCCUGGGAGUCGCAACUAAUGAAAGGCACUUGUACGAGAAAAGAUCGGGCCAGCCUGCUGCUUUUUUUCCUCCACCUUUUGGUUUCUCUCCCCUCCUAUUUUCUUCUUCUUCCUGCAACUGUCAACGAAGGAAGAGUGGGAAAAUUCCUUUAAGCUACUUUAACUCCGGGUUAACCGUGGGAUCUAAACAUGCACACUGAAGUUUGGGUGCAGCCUGUGCUAGUGCUGCUAAUUCUGCUCUCCAGCGCCGAGGACACAUUGUUACAGUCUGUGAGUCAAGUUGCUGGUGUUUGUAGGCUAUCUACCGAGUCGUCUCUGCGUCGCUGCCGGACACCCGAUGGAAACAUUUGCAGCGGGAGGGGCAAGUGCGACUGUGGUGUGUGCAUGUGCCAAGCAUCGGAUCCAGGGAAAUUCUACGGGCCUCGCUGCGAGUGCCACGACUGGGUCUGUGCCACACACAAUGACAAAAAUUGUAAUGAUAACGGCUACUGCGACUGCGGGAAGUGCGAGUGUGACGAGGGCUGGUUUGGAGAGGCCUGCCAAUUCCAGGAGGAGUGCAAACUGUCUGGAAAGAAGAGCAGGGAGCAGUGCAAAAACCCGCAAGGGGUGGUAUGCUCGAACAGAGGGACUUGCCACUGCGGUAGCUGCAUGUGCAACAACGAGGACAACAAAGGCUUGGUGACGGGAGCCUACUGCGAGUGCGAUGACAGCGAAUGUCUGGAUGAAGACACUGGUGAAGUUUGCGGAGGCCACGGCCAGUGUUACUGUGGAAACUGUUACUGUGCCGCCGGUUGGCAUGGCGACAAAUGUGAAUUCCAAUGUGACAUCAGCCCAUGGGAGAGCAAGCGCAGAUGUUCAUCUCCAGACGGCAAAAUCUGCAGCAACCGAGGCACCUGUGUGUGUGGAGAGUGCAGCUGUUAUGAUGUGGAUCCUUCCGGCGAUUGGGGAGACAUCCACGGCGAUACCUGCGAAUGCGACGAGAGGAACUGCCACAUCACUUACGACCGGUACACGGAUGACUUUUGUUCAGGUCACGGUCAGUGUCACUGUGGCAGGUGUGACUGCAAGGAUGGCUGGUCUGGAAAGAAAUGCGAGCAUCCGCUCUCCUGCUCGAUGUCCCUGGAGAGCAGCUUGAAGAAGUGCCGGGGAACGUCCAGAUUGCCCUGCUUUGGACGAGGUCAGUGCCAGUGCGGACAAUGUACUUGUCACCCACCUGGGGACAGUCGGGUUCACGGCAAGAACUGCGAGUGCGACGACCGCCAGUGUGAGGACCUCUCUGGGGAGGUUUGUGGAGGUCACGGUUACUGCUCCUGUGGACGCUGCAUCUGUGAGAAUGGCUGGUUUGGCAAACAGUGCCGCUUCCCCAGGUCAUGUGACAUCAGCGACGCUCAGAGCAAGGAGCAGUGCGAGACUUCUGAUGGUGUCCUAUGCAGCGGCAAAGGUUCCUGUCACUGUGGCCAGUGUAUUUGUUCCACCACAGACUGGUGGGUGUCCGGAGAAUACUGCGAGUGUGACGACAGAGAGUGUGACAAACAUGACGACCUUGUCUGUACAGGGAACGGACUAUGCAACUGCGGCACGUGUGAGUGCUGGGACGGCUGGACCGGGAACGCUUGUGAAAUCUGGGUGGGGGCCGAUUACUGAGACCCCAACAGCGACAGCCACGAACCAAUGCACAGAGAAGCAAAAACACGGACUUCCAUUUUCAAAAUUCACAUAUUGUGCUGGUUACGCGCUGUUUGUAAAAUUGGGUGUUACGCCAUACUUUUCAUGAAUAAAAGUACAUAGAGUCGCUUAUAUGUAAAAAUCAGAUGCUGCCAAAUGAACACAAAUGAGUCGGAAAGUUUGCAUUGUUUGAGCUUUUUAUUUCUUUUAUCUUUUUUUUUUCAAAUAAUAAAACAUUAAAUGUGCCGCAUGACACGACAUUUUGCAUGGAAAACAAUGCAAAGAAGACCUUAAACAUACGUACAUGGUUACAAAUUCGGUUUAUAACAUGACAUAAAUCCAAUGGGCAUACUUGCAAUGGUAAUAUAGUAUUAGAUAUUUGUUUUUCCAAAAAAAUAAAUCAUUUCAUUCGUGACUUUUCUUUAAUCUUCCCUAAAAGAACGAGACUCAGACUGCUAGGUACGGGUAUUCCUCAUACAGUACACUUGAGAGUGGAGAAGAUUGAGAGGACAUACAGUACAU